AUGGUAACGAACAUAGUCAACAACACCAUGAGUUCAGUGAAUAACUCGUCAAGGGGCGAGAAGUCUGAUAGCAAUCCCCUGCUUUGGCUACCAUCGGUCUUAGUUGCGGUGUCACUACUGUCAUUUUUGGGAUAUUCGUUCGCUCAAUUCCAUCUGAAAGUGGCACGGAAGCGUCAAGCGGCUUUGGAUUAUAUGGUUAUUCGAUCGCAGAUGAAUCGUAGAAGGACAUUGAUUCCGUUAUGUAAUACGUACAACAUCAGCAUUCGUGAACUAGGUUCCUCAGUUAGGAUCAAAGGACCAAGUGCUUCGGAGUGCCUUAAGAGCGCAAAUUCUUUUAAUUCAUAUUUCACUCGUACGGACUACAACCGCACCAAAGCUGACACAAUAGAGACUAGGUCCUUGGAUGUUCCUUUACCGAAAAGGAACUAUCAUGAACCCGCCAAGACAAAUGCAUUUGAAAAACAAGAUGCUGCCAUUUGCUUAUCAAAUCUUACUUCAUUUAGCGAAGCAGAAGAUGAGUUUGCUCGUCUGAGGAACAAACGUGCUCCUAGAUUUAGUUUAGCUAGUAUCCAUAUGGACGAAAGUCUUGAAAAGUGGCGUAAAAAGAGAAGAAUACUCGGAAGUAGCUUUUCUAUGGAUGAGUACUGGCUGGGUAAUAAGGAACGAGUCCACGAACAUAAUCUGAUGGAAGAUUCGUUUGAUAAAUCAGUGUGCAGCAGAAACUUCUCAGGACUAGAUAAAUCUGCCCAAAACAGCAUUAAGUUACAUAUUCCUGCCACUCAACCGCAACCCAUAAAGGAGCAGUCUGAAAUAGGAGAUAAACGAAAACGUCUCGUCCAAUCAAAAAGGAUAAUAAUUGACCGCUCUUUGGAUCUAAUCAGUGUGUAUUCUAAAAGCAAAAAACUGUCUACGAAAAAAUAUCUAAGCAAUAAAGAGCCAAUUUCAGACGAUCUGCAUUGGACGUACAUAACCCCUGAUAGCCACGCUGAGUCUUUUUCCCAACGGUCCGGACGAAGCUCAAAAUUUGUAAAACGGAAGUUUCAAAAAUCAGACAAGCGGAUUCUGAGCAGCUUUGACCGCUCAGAUCAGAAAAGUAGAUCAUAUAAGAAAUCUAAGGUUUUAAAAGCAACGAAAAUGUUUAGAAGUCGACAAAAUAAAAUAUUUUCCGCAAUUCACAAACAAGUUGUGCCGAAGGCUGACGACAAAUUUUUGACGACGAAUGACACUUCGGUGAGCUCAGACCCUUUAACGACACGAAUACCUCCACUUGAACAUGAUAAUAAUACUAGUUUGAAUAAGGUACACAACAUUCCAUCUCGACCAGUGUCUCCACAUUCAAGGAAUUCAUCAGAUUCUAUGAUUAAAAGUGAACAAUUUCCAUUGUUAUUGAAUCCUAAUGCCGAAGGUCCAAACUGGCAACAACGGAUUUCAAUUGCACAUCUAGCAAAUUCUACAAGAAGCAAUACUGAUAGAAGUGACGGGAGUUCUAAUUCUCCUCGAUAUUUGACAGUUUCAGAACAAUGCUAUGGUCGAUCGUGUACUAGUGAAACGGAUUCAGAGUCCCAAAAUAGUCCAUCGAAUCCUCUGUUAUCUUAUGAAAAAUUACUCAAAGUUAAUAAUACAACGAAGGAUGCUUCAGCUUCAUUUCGUAGUGACGGAAUCUGGUUUGGACGAGCAAAUAUUGUAAACUCAUUUGGGGACACUGAGAGGACAGUGGUGGCUGGAGAUGAAAUGGGGAAUUAUGAGUUAUACAACACCAGGAAUGACAACGAUUUCUUACGUAAGAGACAACACUACCAUAAUAUUAAAUCAGGGUGGCCAUCUUGCAAUGCUUUUCAAGAUGUUCAAGUAUAUGUACAAAUUAAUCAGAUACUCUAA